AUGGGGCAGCACUGUUCCUUUCUUGACCAUACGCACAAGUAUCAGAGACGGCCGUCGGACGAUGUGGAUACAUUGGACAUGGAGAGAGGGGACGAGGACGACGAGGAGGAUGAUGGGGACCAGGAGCUGGAGCUGCUUCGUUUACGAAAUAAAGUGGAGUCUGGCGGCAGGAGCAGUCAAUGUGGAGCGCUGAAGCGCCUUGGCUCUGCUUACACGUCUGGGUUGGUACGCGGUGGAGGUGAAGAGGAGAAGGGACCGGAGGAGCUGCACGUGCGACGAGACGGCGAUGUGGAAUGGGUACAUUGGGAUGCCAACCGCCAUGUUCUGCCGUUUUCUCGACCAGACGAUCUUUUGAGGUUGCUACAAUCUUAUCAGGAGGCUACAGGCGUGGUUGAUGCAGGACAACUGGAACUCGAGUGUAUCAUUUGUUUGGGCACAUUCUUAGUAGACGACCCGAAGGUACGGACGUUGUGCAUGUGCGGCAUGAAUCGCACGAACUUUCAUAUGAGCUGCUUGCUCGAGUGGCUCAAUCGUGACGCGAACUGCCCAGUGUGCCGCAAGUACCUGUACUUUGAGGACGCGUGA